AUGGAUACAAAAACAAAACCACGAGACACUGCUCCAAAGAAAAGCUCACCAUAUUCCCACGAAGUACUUGGUUGCAAGGGACGUGCUUGUGCUAGUUGUGGCCAUUGUCGUGAUUGGCACUGGCGUCGUAAAGAAAAUGGUAAAAAGGAUUACGAAAAGCGUACUAAUGCUACUUGCACUCGUAGUGAUCCUCUUUAUUUUCCUGGUGAUAUUAGUGAUCCUUAUGGUCGUGGUGAUAUUAAUCCUGGUUAUUAUCAUCGUAGUGAUACUCCUGAGCGUACUUCUUAUAAUCCUAGUGCUUAUUCUCGUCCUGGUUAUGGUGAUUAUGGUGACUGUCAUGGUGGUGAUUCUGGUUAUCUUCCUUAUUUUGGUCCUUUUCCUGAUGGUGGUGAUCCUUAUGAUCGUUUUCAUCGUUAUAGUGGUUAUUUUCCUGAUACUCGUCUACCUCGUACAUGUGAGUGUUCAGACAAUCACAGUGACAUGUUACGGGAUUAA